AAAAAGCUCGUUUUCCUCGUGACAUCUCCGAUUGCGAUUUGCUCCGGCGGCAAUUUACGCGACGGCGUCACAAGCUUCCCGUCGUCUUUCUUUCCCUGAGGUACGGAGAAGGUCCUGAUUGAUCUGAGUGGUUGGUACAAUGGCGUCUGGUAGCGUCGGAGGAGGCGGAUCGUUGUCGGAGGUAUAUAGUAGUGCGAAAAGGAUUCUACUCAAGGCUCGCGACGGAAUCGAGAGGUUGGAGAGGUUCGAGUCAUCUUCUAUGGAUUCUCCCGAUUUGGCCUCCUCCGUUAAACGAGACAUUACUGAGGUCCGAUCUCUCUGCUCCAACAUGGAUGCUCUCUGGCGCUCUAUCCCUGUUAAAUCUCAGCGUGAUCUCUGGAGAAGAAAGACCGAACAAGUUGGAGAAGAGGCUGAGUAUUUGAAUCAAAGCCUGGAAAAAUACAUGUCGAGGAAUCAGAGAAAGAUGUUGGAAGCUAAAGAGAGAGCGGAUUUGUUAGGCAGAACGAGCGGAGAAGGAGCUCACAUUUUGCAAAUAUUUGAUGAGGAAGCUCAAGCUAUGAACUCUGUUAAGAAUUCAAAGAGAAUGCUUGAAGAAUCGUUUCAAAGUGGAGUUGCUAUCCUCUCUAAAUAUGCUGAACAAAGGGAUCGUUUAAAGGGGGCACAACGCAAAGCGUUGGAUGUUCUGAACACCGUAGGGCUCUCCAACUCGGUACUGAGGCUCAUUGAGAGGCGCAAUCGUGUUGAUACCUGGAUCAAAUACACUGGUAUGAUAGCAACAAUUGUCAUUUUGUAUCUCUUCAUAAGAUGGACACGCUAAACCAAAGUAAGUUGAAAGGCUGUAGUUACAAAGAUUAUAUGUAAAGAGUUAGGCUACUUGAUCUGACUUCUUGUGCGCGGGUGAAAGAUAUUUUGUUAUGUUUAUGCCUAUUUACAAGUCAUUUCUGGCAUCUGAUCUGUAGCUCUACAAGUUGAGAUUGUCAAAAUACUACACAUCUUCUCGA